AUGGUUGCAUAUUUGCAACGGCAACAAAUUCCAUCUGAUACCCGACCUGUCCUGGCGCGGGCAGCAGCCUUCGACAGUGUCAGCUUUGAUGACCUGCUGCCCACCAAGUUGGAGCUCUUGAAGAAGGUGGCCUGCCUUAACCGCGGAGCUAUUGCCUCCAGCAAUGACAAUUACGAGGUCUCCAGCUUCGUGGAGGUAAUGGAGGACGCGGCCGGACAGCUCGUGCAACUCGAUGCCGUUCAGGGAAAGUGGGAGCUAGUGUAUAGCUCGGUCGAGCCCUUCCGCUCGUCGCCCUUCUUCUGGGCCUUCCAGGAGGGCCUUGUGCAGAGCCGCGAGGUGGCGACGCAGAUUUUCGCGUUUACAGACUCAAUCCCAGGCGCUCACAUCGGCGCCGCCUACCAAACAAUUAGCUUUGACACCGCCAAACUCAUCAGCGAGGUGGAUCUGGAGGUUUUCCCAGGCAUUCGAGGAACGGUCGUGACCACCAGCAUGCUGGUGCAAGAGCCACCGCGCAGCUUGGCAGUUACGGUGCAGAACACCCGCGUCGCCAACUCCAACGUGCUGCCCUUCGUGGACAACAUCACGCCCAGCGCUUGGUCGGGCACAUCAGUCAACAUUACAUACUGCAGGAAAAUUGCCACAUGGGCGCGGCUAACUGCGCCAAGCUGGGCAUACUAA